GUGAUGAUCGGCUAUCUGUUCAUGGUCUUUCUAUCGCCGCUUUACCAAAAAGUGACAAAACCUAUGGACUUCAGACCGAAUGAGUUACCCUGGGAAACAACAGAGAAGCGGGCCCCUUCACACCGCUAACUCAACUCCUGUGUCCUCUCAAGAAAACGAAGUCCACAAGAAGGACUUACCGAGGGUAGUACGUAAUCUGUUGCGGAGAAUAAUGGUUCUGUCGUUAUGGUAACAGAGGACUGCGUUGUAAAUAAUUGGUUGACUGAAUGGGAGGGGCCGGACUCGCCAAUCAUCGGGUCAGACGUCAGCUCAGACGCACACCCCUAGACAUCCCCGCCUCUGCCGACCACUUAGCCACGCCAAUAUCCAAACAUACCCAACACCCAAUGAUUAUCAAUCUAAUGUGUUCAUGUAUAGUACCUCCAUUGUUAGUUCUGCUUCGUUCAUAAUCCAUUUGUUCUAUACAAUCAAAUUAUUCAAUACAGGACACUCCAGAGAAAUGAAUAUACGAGAUCCCACAAGCCUCUGGGAAGAAAAGACCAACAAAAGUCCCUCAGCUGACCAUCCUUAAAAUCUCCUCCACGAUGGGUGUGCAUCUAUAAUUCAUGCGAGAGCCAAAUCGACUCCCGGUCGAUGGUUGAACAAAGAUUACGAGACCGCUAUAUUCUAAAGAGAUAGCUCGAUCCGAAGACAGAGUGUGCUGAUCCUAUGAAUCAGAUUUUAUUUGCGAACAUGUUGACAAAAUAACUUCCUUGACGCUGGCGGAUGACUUCUAUGAACAUCAAUGAGCGGGGUAGUCGGUGGUCUCGAGUAUCCUGAGUAGUUUUAUUUAACAUUAUGCUCCCCAAACUGAUCAAGGAUAUUUCGAGUGUUCAUGCAAUGAAUAAAAAUUUGACACAUACUUUUCCAGUAGAGCGACGUUGAACCUAAAAAGGCAUUCUUAUCAGAAGGGUUGAAAUUGUCGUAUCUUGAUUUCAACUUGCAAAAUGUGGAUGGAUUUAGAGCACAGUGGCAUCAAUGAAAAUGCCCUGAAAAUGGAAACGUGAAAUUAAAAAUCACGUCAAAUUAGAUACAGAUGAUUUACAAGGGCCACUUUCAGACAUUAAUCAGUAAUCUGUCAGCGUCUUCUCUUUAUCUUUCGUAUUCUGGGCUAAGGGUGAUGUAGAACAGCACCCUUUUGGACAUACGAACAACAGUGCCGUCGCCAAGAGAAUCCAGUAACGUGAUCAGAACAAUCGUGAUGCAGUUUUAAUUAUUAAACAUUCGAGUCCUUGCCCCCACAAAAUUUACACAGUAGCCUCAUGGCUUUUGUUACGCAAAAACGGGGGGAUACAACCAAUCAAUGAGACUGCUUAAAGGCCAGCUUUCCAAUUAUAAUUUGUUGAUAAGGGCGCCCUUAUUAAAUUCUACGGUUCUCAUUUCUUUUACCACUUGAGAUAAGGUCGGUUGGUCGAAAAAAAAAAUCUAUAAAAAAAAUCCAUGUUGCUGGUUUAGGGCUAUGCAAGAACCUCAGUCGGAAAGGUGCGGUAUACCGAAUGUUCACGCGAACGCCGACCUCGGUGUUGGUGGUUUGCGAAAUCGUAAGUUUUCAGGGCUUUUGUUUUCAAAGGUCAUGCUGGCCAAUUUUUUCCCUUCGGUUUUUUUUAUUUUUAUUUAUUACGGUUUAGGUCUUUUUUGCAGGGUUGGCGGGGAAAAAACUUUUUCCGUGAUCGGGAGCCCAAAAUACGGUCGGUCAGAAAUGAGAACCAUAGAAUAUAAAAAGCAUGCCCUUAUGUACAGUGCCUGCAGUUGGGGGGAAAGGUAUUUGUUUAUUUUAUAUUCCUAUUUCGGAAGAGUGGAAAGUCUUAUUAUUGAAGGGUUUGAGCGCCGCGUUUUUCUCGUUGUUAUUUCACAAUAUCCCCUCAGGUGUGUCUACUCCCUCACCUAUAUCAUAAUCCUCCAACAGAGAGCAGUUACGCUGGGGGGGGGCGGACUUGGCACGCACAUGUCCCCCACCUCAGCCGAAGUCUGUGCUCCUCGAAAGACCCCAUUAAGUUUGAGCAUUUGAUAUGUACGCAAACUAUAAGCCAUACUUAUUUGCUUUCAGGCCCCCUUGAAAAAAAUCGGUACUUCAGAAAUUUACCCCUGUCAAGUUGCUGGCAAAGAUGAAUGCACACUGCCUCAUUCUGACCGGCCUCGCCCUCGUUGUCUCAAACUUUAUGUGAUGAAUAAACCCAGGCCAAUGUCCUUUUCUCGACUUGGCUCCCCCGCCCACGGACUGGGUGCCAUGAAACAUCUGCUGAAACGAAUCCUAACGUACAGGUUUGUCAAGAAUCAAUCGGUUUGCAAUAUAACUUGUAUAAAGAAGAUAAAAAUCAGUGGUCCUUGCGUUUGUGAUGUGAACAAACGUGUACUCAUCAGGAAGCACUCGUCAAGUGGUCCAUGUUUUUGCUGGCUGGUUAUGUGUUUCGCGUAAUACCAAGCUUUUUUGUCCUCUUCUGAACGAAGAGAGAAUAAUCUUCGAAUUGGUGGGGGUGCGGUCCUCUACCCCUUCCCCAUUCGCUUUACGAUACACCACGCACCGCUUCCAGUUCUUUUACCUUGGCUCGCGAGUUCAUCUCCGCAAGAAUGCCAUCUCCUAAAAUGCUAGAACAAGCUUCGUCCCAAACUAUAAUUUUUGUUAAAUGCAGGUUUCAGGAAGUUGCUGAUAGUGUGGACACAAGCCAGUGGCUUCGCAACACACAGGUAUUAGAGGCAGUCCUAGCCGUAAUUAACAUUUGCAGAUAGCCGCAUUUGCCAACUUGGGUGUCGGUUGUUGGUGGCGCCCUUCAUCUUGACCACGAACUCGUACGACGCGACGAGAGCCGGCGCGCACCCCAAGAAACCGUGACAGUUUCCCGUUGCACUGGGUAAAUGGGGCUCAUAGCAACAAACUGUAGUUUAGGAAUCUAGUUGCAUCAUACAAUUACCUUGAGUCAUAGAUAUAAGUUAAUAUCACCUAUUCCCACAAAAGAAUUUUUACUGUUCAAUGAAGAAGAACACAGUCACGGAGGAAGUCGAUCCUUUUCCCCUUAAUUGAGCACUCUCGCACAAAAUCAUCGCUGCCUAAAAAACAGUAAGGUUAACAAUGAGACGAGUUUUUAAUUAGUCAUUUAGGGGGAGGAUUUGAGAUUGAAAGCUACCGACGGAGUUUCUAGGCGAAGGUUUUGGGCUAUGAAAUUUUGUACUAAAAAUUGGUUAAAAAAACCUUUUCUGUGUGAUCUUGUGUGUUGCGACCAAUUUUUUAUCACGAAUUUGUUUUAUCUAAACUAGUGACUGAGAGGAACUAUUCUCCAGUAAUGGACCCAUGUCCGCAAAAUUUAUGUGUGGCAUAGCAAUGGCAUGUUUAGUAUGAAUAUGGAAUAAUAUGUUGACGUGUAUUUUAACUUUCAGCAAGUCGCCCUUUUUCCCCAACUUGCUGAGUGGUAAGCGUGCGUUCGCUGCUUAAUCAAUUACAAACUCGCACGGACAUGACUGAAAUCGGCCGCGAACCAGCGAAGCCAACUUGCCGACGUGGCUAAACUGCGCAUGUGCACAUCCGGGAGUUGCCGAACGCGAACCAUACGUGGCAUUUGAGAAAGUGCGUAAGUCACUCAAUAUUUUCAACAUUUCACCAGGAAAAGAUUCGAAUACCUUUUUAUAAAUUCAACCGAAAGACGUUCUUGGUGUGUUAACGUAGACUUUAUAUUAUCAGCUUUUAUAAACUUUCAGAAGUGUGAGAAAACAAAGCAAUGUUGUGAACGGUAGGCGGCGGCCAUUUUGACUGCAACAUGUGAAUGGCGAUGUGUGUUGACUGUUGGUGAUGACAUCUUAGACAACGUGUUUGUGCCUUCGUCACAUCCAGUGGUACCAAAUAGAUGAACGUACACGCUGUAUCUUUGAGAGCAGUUAGGUAGUAAGGUUGUCUACAUAUAGAAUCAUUUACAUCUCCAUUAAGCUCGAAGUUUUACAGUUGAAGUGAGACAUUUUCUGGCAUAAAGUCUAGACUUCUUUUCUGUUUGAAACAUCUGCACUGAUCACGUCAUCAUCAGUCAGUAGGCCUUACGGACUAAAAAGUUUCCACAAAAUGUCACAGUUCAUGAAUCAAGGAACACCUCAGCAACAGGGUGGAUAUAACCCUCAACAGAACUACGGACAGCCCCCACAACAGGGCAGAGGCCCAGGCGUGUAUGGUGCGCCACCAGCAAACAAUUACUAUGGUGGGCAUGGUGGGCCUGGGAUGAACUCACAGCCACCCCCUACCUCAGUCCCACCACCUAUGGGACCUCCAGCCCAGGGGACCAAACAGCCCAUGGGGGCAUACGGAGAAGGAAGGAGUAACUAUCCACCGCAGGGCUAUGGCCCAGGUUCACCAGCAAUGAAUGGUCCUUCUAGCCAAGGAGGUCAGCCCCCUUUGUCUAAUCAGCAGCCAGCGUAUAGCCAGCCUUUACAGAAUAAUGGUUACAGUGGCCCUCCAUCAGUGAGUAGUGGGGCUCCCCUUCUUGGUGGACCACCUACAGGCCCAGGCCAGAUUGGAUAUGGUGGACAACAGAACAGUAGAAUGGCCACUUCACAGCCAGGGCCUCCUACCCAGCCCCCAGCCAGCCAAUCAGGCUACUACCAACCACAGCAGCAGCAGUAUGGCACAGCACCUGGUCAACUGACUAAUCAGAUGGCAGGAAUGAACCUCAGUGGCCCACAGCGAGGAAUGGGUCCUCCACCAACAAGCGUAUCUCGCCCCCAGCCUCCCUCAAGUAUGUCGGGACCCCCUCCUCAUAGCAUGUCUGGACCCCCUUCUAGUAUGUCGGGACCCCCUCCUCAUAGCAUGUCUGGACCCCCUUCUAGUAUGUCGGGACCCCCUCAAGCAUCAAUGAAUGUCCCACAGCAAAGAGGCAUGCCCCCUUCAAGUAUGCCAUCCAGUUCAGCCCCACCCUCAGUGUUUCAAACCUCAGGAGGUGGUGCCCCACCCCCAUCUGGGCCUCCGUACUCUGUCAGUGGGCCUACUAUGGGAUAUCAACAGCCAGGACCACGUAGUGGUCCCACACCCCCAAUGUCUCCUGCCGCAGGCUCUCCGAGAACUGGGGGUGCUCCACCCUAUGGUGGUAUGGGACAGCCAGGAGUGCAACAACCAGGAAUGAGCCAACCGGGAAUUGCCCAACCGGGAAUGGGCCAACCAGGAAGGGUCCAACCGGGAAUGGGCCCGCCAGGAAUGACGCAACCUGGAAUGGGCCCACCAGGAAUGGGCCAGCCAGGAAUGGCCCAACCGCCUCAGAAAAGAUUAGAUCCAGACCAGAUGCCAAGUGUGAUCCAAGUGAUUGAGGAUGACAAGAGGAAUCGUGGCAAUCAACAAUUCAUUACCAAUGUCAGAGGUCAAGUCCCCCCUCUAGUCACGACAGACUUUCAGGUUGUUGAUCAAGGAAAUUGCAGCCCACGAUUUAUGCGUUCGACAAUGUACAACAUUCCUUGCAGCCAAGAUAUGAUCAAGCAAUCUCAAGUGCCAGUAGGAAUUGUCAUCUCACCCUUUGCAAAGUUACCCGAUAACGAGGCUCCUCCCCCAAUUGUUGACCAUGGUCCCAACGGCCCGGUGCGUUGCAAUCGCUGCAAAGCUUACAUGUGCUCCUUCAUGCAGUUUGUCGACGGUGGUCGCCGUUUUUCCUGUGCCUUCUGCACCUGUAUCACUGAAGUUCCUCCAGAGUAUUUCCAGCCUCUAGACCACAACAGUCGACGAGUGGAUGCCUAUGAGAGAGCAGAGCUGUGCAGGGGGACAUUUGAGUAUCUAGCAACGGCUGAUUACUGUAAGAAUAAUACCCUCCCUAAACCACCGGCCUUCAUCUUUAUGAUUGAUGUCACCUACCAGAGCAUCAAGACUGGAAUGGUUCAUCUACUGUGUAGGGAACUCCGAUCUCUUCUGGAGAAAUUACCAUGUGAGCAUGGCAUGCAAGAAUCGGUCAUCCGUGUCGGCUUUGUCACCUAUGACUCCUCCCUGCACUUCUACAACCUGAACAGCGCCCUCGCUCAGCCCCAGAUGCUGGUUGUGUCAGAUGUGCAUGAUGUGUUCCUUCCACUGUUGGAUGGGUUCCUGGUCAAUCUAUCUGAAUCAAAAGCUGUCAUUGAAAGUUUGUUGGAGCAGAUUCCUCAGAUGUUUGCAGAGACCAGGGAGACCGAGACAAUGCUAGGGCCAGUGGUACAAGCUGGACUAGAAGCCAUCAAGUCCUCUGAUCGUACAGGCAAACUGUUUGUCUUCCACGCAUCCCUGCCUAUUGCAGAUGCUCCAGGCAAACUCAAGAACAGGGAUGAUCGAAAACUCCUGGGAACGGAAAAAGAGAAGACAUUGCUGUCACCCCAGAUCAACUUCUACACUAAGCUCGGUCAGGACUGUGUAGCAGCCGGCUGUAGCGUGGAUCUCUUUCUAUUCCCCAGCUCCUAUGUGGAUGUAGCUUCAAUUGGUCAGGUCACUACGCUGACCGGUGGUCAGUGCUACAAGUAUAACUACUUCCAGGCUGCCAACGAUGGGGAACGUUUCAUCCAAGAUCUCACCCACAACAUCCAGCGUCCCAUCGGCUUUGAUGCUGUCCUCCGUGUCCGGACCAGCACUGGUAUCCGACCGACUGACUUUUUUGGCAAUUUUCACAUGGCCAACACCACAGACGUAGAGCUUGCUGCCAUUGAUAGUGACAAGGCUGUUACUGUGGAGAUUAAACAUGACGAUAAAUUGACAGAAGAUGGAGGGGCUUUUGUACAGGUUGCUUUGUUGUACACCAGCGUGUCUGGUCAGAGACGAUUGCGCAUCAUCAACCAGUCCUACAACUGUUGCCUUCAGAUGGCUGACAUGUACCGCAAUUGUGAGAUGGAUGCUAUCAUCAAUUUCCUCGCCAAGCAAGCUGUGAAAUCAGUCUUAACCUCCAACCCUAAGGCUAUAAGAGAGGGUCUAACCAAUCGCUGUGCAGCCACACUGGCUUGCUAUCGCCGUAACUGUGCCAGCCCUUCAUCCCAGGGUCAAUUGAUUCUCCCAGAAUGUAUGAAGCUUCUGCCUCUCUACAUCAAUUGCAUCUUGAAGAGUGACGCUCUGUCUGGUUGCACAGACAUCACCACGGAUGAUCGUAGCUGGCUCAUGGACACAGUCCGUUCCAUGGAUGUCAGGUCCACUGCUGUCUACUUCUAUCCAAGACUCAUCCCACUGCACGACUUGAAUCCUAACUCGUCUGGCAUCCAGACCGCCAUCCGUUGUUCUGUGGAGCGUCUUCGUGAUAACGGUGUAUAUCUCCUAGAGAAUGGCAACGUCAUGUUCAUGUGGAUUGGCUUACAUGUCAGCAAUGAUUGGGUGCAAGACGUCUUUGGUGUCCACUCUCCAGCACAGAUUGACAUUGACUCAAGUAAGCUGCUUCAUAUGGACAAUCCAACAUCCCAGGGAGUCCGUAAUGUUGUGGAAAAAAUCCGCAAGAUGAGACCACGAUACAUGAAGCUGACAUUCGUCAGACAGCGAGAUACCCUCGAGGCCUGGUUCCGCCACUUCCUUGUUGAAGAUAAAGGUGCUAAUGCAUCUGCCUCGUACGUUGACUUCCUCAUCCACAUGCACAAAGAAAUCAGGAAUCUUCUCAACUAAUCACCCCUCUUCAGUUUCAAUUCCAUUGUUUCAGCAGGCUGAAGAAUUGCCUCAAGUUGUUGAAGAAGAGUUAAGUAAGUGGAAACCUUAAUGGUAACGUCUCAUCAUCUUGAUCACAGAGAUGAUGAUACUUGGGAAGGUACUGGCUUGAUGUAUGGUAGCGUACUAUGACUUUUAACCUCACUUUUUUCUUGUCACAUUUUGUUUCCUGUGCCACUGAUUUGAGUUAAAUUGAUACUUGAAACUGAAGUAUGAGGGUAUUGCAUGCAAUGAUGACAGGUGCUUCUUAGUGAAAGUUAAGACAAGUGGAAAUGUCUUGACAAAACAGGAUUGCAAUACAGCAUCCAUUAAAGUAAUUAAAAUUCCACUAGAAAUGAGGAAGCUACUUGCUGGGGAAUUUUCUAUUAUUUUAUGAGUUAAAUCCAAAACUUGUGAACUAACUGGAUAGUUCUGGCAGUUGAGCUGUUGGUUUAACAGCCACUGUUUUAGUUGACAUGGCAAUUAAUAAAUAUUUCACUGUUUGAAUACUUUACAGGAGCCCCCAAAAUGAGUACUACAUACAACUUAUAGGAUGUUGUGGCAAAGUAUUUUUUAAAUGUGAAUAAGGCAUUCAUUCAGAGAAUUAGCAUUUUAGACACACAAAUGCUGAUCAAUGCCUGGGCUUCGUGACUUUUUUGGUAAAGUGACAACUUUAUCCGUGCCAGUUUUGGGGAUUAUUGCAAAGUUUCAUGUAUUAGUCCUGUGAAAGUUGAAAGUAUACACAAAGCAUUCUACAUGAGCUUGUGUUCCUGAGAUUUUAAGGAUAACAUAUUUUUGAUAAAAGUGUAUGUAAAAGUAAUUUCAUGUGGCAACAAUUAUAAGGAGGGGCUUAGUAGAUAUCUUGUGGGAUGAAAGUAAACAAAACCCAUAUGUGAAACCCAGAUAAGAUUCAUUUCUAUUAUACUUUAACAAUGAAAUUACACUUUGUCAAAUGUUGUCAAAUUCUAAUGAUCAGCAGUGUAGGAUGAAAUGUUGACUUAACACCAGACUUAAAUGGAUUGUGGAAUUUCAAAAUUAGGUAAAAUAGACAAAAGUCAACUUAGUUCCGUGUUUGGUUUCUUGCAGAAAAAAAACUUCAAAUGCAUUUGUGUGUCAUCUAUUUCAAAGCGUAAGCAUUUUGUAAAUAUGAAAGGGUCAAAGAUGUGUUACUUAAUAUUAUAAUUAUAAACGUUUAUCAUUUAUGUUACAAAUGGUCCAUUUUUAUUUGUUCGCCAUGUUUUUCUUUGGUUUUUUCCCCAUAGGUUUUUCUGGGAGUAUCAAAACUAGGAUUGCAUUUAAUACUCUCUCGCUUGUAGCCAUGUAACUUACCAGUGUAGUGAAUAUUUUUUUUCAGCUUUUGGUUGUGGUAAAAACUAUUCAAAAGCUAUCAAGUAUGAAAGUUGAAAAUCUUUCGGACCGCAUGCAUACUGCACAGAUAUUGUGAAACUUUAAGGUACUUGUACACGUAUACUGAAUGCAUUAAGAUGAAUUAUCUAAACGAAGUGCAUUUAAAAUGCCUUGUUUUUGUUGCCCCUCCUGUACAAUUGUUUUUUCUUUUUCUUCUAAGAAUGUUUUCUUAUUGAUUCUGCAAAUGCGGGGUAAAUAGUUAACUUAAGGGCGACGUCAAGCUAAAUUGAGAAGUGAUGUUCAUUGGUCCAUGUCGCUGUGAGGGAUUGAUAAAUCUGCAAAUCUUUGCUUGUUGAAUGUCCAUUACAUGCCGAGUAACGGGAACAAUGGCUGUAUUUUCACAGAAAUACACACUGUAAUUCAAACUAAUUUGAGUGUCUGUACCUACAGGCGUUAUGUCAAACUUUUCAAAUUUUCAUACUUUGAUUUCUUUAUCUUCAACCCAGGGACAUAAAAGUCCUGUUCGCCUUUUCAACGAAUGUUCCAUGUAGAAAAAUAAAUCAAAGAUUGUAUUAAAUAUAACAUUGCAAAAACUGUUCUUGAAACAGGGAGUUGUAUUUUGCUGAAUCAGUCAAAAAUAAAUUACUUACUACAUGUAUAUAAAUGUGGUAAGAAACAUCAAGCUUUUGAAAUA